CUUUAAAAAGCAAUUAGCCGCAGCAUCAUCAAAAACCUUCCACCACACUGCGUUGGGACAAAUUCAUCUUUAUUUCUUUAUUGUUUUUGGAAAGAAGUGUUUCCAGGAGGCUAAAGAAGAGGCAGGUAUCAUCAUCAUCCUCACCAUGACUGACAGGAAAGCAGUGAUCAAAAACGCGGACAUGUCCGAGGACAUGCAGCAGGACGCAGUGGACUGUGCCACCCAGGCCAUGGAGAAGUACAACAUAGAGAAAGACAUAGCAGCCUACAUCAAGAAGGAGUUUGACAAGAAGUACAACCCCACCUGGCACUGCAUCGUCGGGAGGAACUUCGGCAGCUACGUCACUCACGAGACAAAGCAUUUCAUUUACUUCUACUUGGGCCAAGUGGCCAUCUUGCUCUUCAAGUCUGGCUGAGACGUUUCUGAAAGGUGUUGAGGAGUUUUUCUCCCUGAACCUUAAAUCGGAAAUGCAGCGGUGGCUGAAUUCUCCCCAUACACUAAUAAUGACAUACCAUAAUGAUGCAAAACUGGCCGUGCGCAGUUGCAUGGACUAUACACUAUUUAAUAUGUAUGUUACAGUAAGUUUACUUUUCGAUAGUUGCCAUUUGAAUGCAACUGAAGUAGUUUUUGUUAAUGCUGUUAAAUUCUAGGUUGUAAAAGAUUUCAGUGUGGCCCUUGAUUGUACAAUAAAAGGAAGCUGUAGAAUGUAGUGGUGCAUCUGCUUUCCGUCCCAAACGGCAUUGCCAGACCCCGAUAUGAGACUCCAUCUGUCGGUUUAGAUGGUAAAAUCAUACUGCGUGCACCAGUUGUAACAAUUCAUCAUUAAAAAAAACGUCAAACGUCGGUUGGUUAAAGGGGCAAAAUAGUCGAGCUGUUGUCUUUUUAAACUUUGCAGCAUCCGUUGGUUUCCAGGGGAACUCCAGCUGCAAAAUAAGACGCAAUGUGUCAACACAUACUCUAACCUGACUGCAUGAGUUCGUUUUAUAGCUGCUAUCUUUAUUGAUUUAACACAAUUAUGUUUGAAGAUGCAUUUACAAACCCUGUAAUGGUUUCAAUUUGGAUUUCGAAAAUGUACUACAGCCACUUUUGGAGAAGAUGUCAAAACCUCAAACACGCUUGACAUUUACGAACCAACCAGUGCAAACAGGUAGAAAUGUAGUUUUUCAGCUCUUAAAUUUUCACUGUGAAAGACGAUGGAGCAAAUAAAGCUCACAUACUCAGACCUUAUCCUUCAAUGUCUGAGUAAUAACACUCCAGACCGGUUACCAAAAUCUACCGACUCACUUCUAGAUUUCAGUCUUAUAAUCCUUUUGUUUCUGCAUGUUUGGAGGGUAAUACCACAUUUUAUUUAACUGUCAUCAGACACACUAUACAAACAAAUGCUCACCUUUCACCUUUUAAGUUUGUAGAUAUUGGACUGAGCCGAUGUGUGUCUUGUCCCAGUUAUUGCUAUAAAACAGCAUUCAGAAGGUGAUUUAGAUAAAACAUCUGCAGUCUACUCUACCGAGGCUACCAGCUGCCUUUCAGAUGGUUGUGUCGUCUUUAUGUGGCUUGUGAUACUUUAAAGAUGUGUUAUCCCAUCAAGCAUUUAUUUUAGCAUUGCCAGUGUACUGCCAGACAUGCAGUAAAGACAAAGCAUUUUGAGUUGGGACUGAUUUAAGCAACCAUGAAACAGGCGUAUCUCUUGUCUAGCACACUGAUUUUUGGUUUUCAUUUCUGUCGUGUCAAUAUUAAUAUAAUUAGUUUUAAAAUGGAAGUGUACAAUGUCUGGAUGCUGGUGAGUGAAAUGUGUUCUUUUGGGAGGGAAGAUCAAAGGGAAUUAGUCCAUGGAGUUAGGUAACGCCACACAUUUCUUGCUGUGCGUAAAGACUGAAUGUUUCCUCAGUUGUUCACUCCUGUACUCCAGCUGUGGGUGAAAUGUGUAUCUCUGAAGUGUUAGCUUGGAUUGACAUUGUUUUUCGAGGGAAGUCUUCCUAACUAUUGUCUAUGUAAACUAAUUUAUUCUUGUUUUCCUCUGGCAUGUAUUUUUGCUGUGUAUAUGUAGGAGACGUUCCAAUGCUGUUAAAUUUGCACAAAACUUGUGCCUGUCAUUGCUCUCAACUGUAACCGGCUUGAGUACAAUUGCACUUCAUUAGAGUUAUUCAGUAGGUUGCUACAGAACCAAAAUCGUAUAAACUGGAUAAAAUAAAAAUUAA